GCCGCCAGCAACUUUUGCGUUUUGUGAUUGGAAAUAAUUAAGAAUUAAAGUAACAGAAAUGAGCUACACGUCGAGAUUACUAACAAGUCAAGUAUAAUUAUAUUUUACCUAGCUCGUUCGACGAUAUUUUACAUGUAGUACCGCAACUUGUUGCGGUACUAUUUCAUGUAUUACAUGAAAAAUAUCUUUAAACACGCCUCAUAUAAUUAUGAUCGAACUUCACUAAGUGCGUUUGAUGAUCAAAUUAAUUUGUUGCAAGUUACAAUGUAUUUAGAUCAAAGUAAUGAGAUUAUUUUAAAAUUACGGUUGGCAACAAUUGAAAGUCAGAUGUCUUCAGUUGAUAAAUUAAGCAUAAUUUAGGUUAUACGAUUUGAACAAUUUUGUGUUUUGGUGUCAUCGUUUGCAAUAUUUGAAAUAAUUGUUUCUAAUCAUCUGAACAAAUUGGCAAGCACUAUGAAACGUACGAAAUCUGAAAGCCCCGAGCCACAUGAGAUACAAAUGUUCUAUCCCGAUAUUAAACGCCCUAAAAUUAUUCAAGAAGAAAAAGAAAACAAGUACCGGGGUUUAUUAGAUUUGUCAGACGAUGUUGUGCUACAUAUUUUUAAAUUCGUUUCAGCAGUAGAUUUAAUGUCGCUUUAUUUGUGCUGUACAAGAUUCAAUAGACUCUGCUGCGAUCGAACUUUAUGGAAGAGUCUUGAUUUGAGUGAUACACAUUUAUCUGCAUCAGACUUGGAUAAAUAUGAAACAUUUAUGCAACCAGCGACAAAAUUAUUAUUUAUUCGUGGUAAUAUAGGUGCUAGUGAACUAUCAGAGCUUCAUUUAAAUUUUCUGAAUAUAGUUGCCUCCAAAUGUCCUAAACUUGAAGAUUUAAUUAUUGAAGAUUAUUAUAUCAAUCGUCACCAGAUACAAAUUCAACAUUUUCCUAGAACAUUGAAGAAAUUAUCAUUAGAAGGUUGCCAUAUACAAAAUUUUUCUAAUGAUAAAUCUUAUCUUAAUAAUAUACAUCUUCAUAUACCUAGUUUAACUUGUCUGGUGCUUUCAAAUUGCCUGUGGGUUACUAACCAUUCAUUAAUGGCUAUCAGUAAAAUACCAAAUUUGAAAGAAGUUAGGAUGAAUUCAUGUCAUGGAUUAGGUGAAGAUAUAGCUUAUGCAAGUAUUGCAACUAAAGUUGGACUGAAGAAACUUCAGAUAUUAGAUGUAAGAGACACAUUUAUUGGAGACAGUGUUGUAAGUAGUUUCAGUCAUAUAUCAACUCUGACAGAAAUGUAUUUAGAGUGUCCCAGUGAAGAAACUACAUUACAUGUUCCAGAGGCUCAGCAUCAAAAUCGGCAUGUAUUAUUAGUUCAAUUACCAAGACCUCAAGCAAUUAAUCAAGAAAAUGUACCAGCUAUACAAAUUGUUCAAGAAAACAAUGUUGAAUUAAAUCAUGCAAAUGAUGACAGAUGUCAUGUUACUGACAGAUCUAUAUGUUCGUUAAGUUAUCACGGCAGUGAAAACAAUCAAGAAGUUGUUCAGCAUCUUGAACAAGUGCAACUACUUCAUGGAAGAGUACGCAGUUCAACCAAUCCAUAUUUAAAAAAAUUAGUUAUAAGAAAUUAUCAAGGAGUGACAGAUCAAACUUUACAACACUUUUGUAAUCAUGGACCUAGUUUAUUAUAUCUCGAUGUCACUGGCACAUCAGUAACAAAAGAAGGAUUACAAAACUUUAAAAUUCAAAGGCCUGAAGUUAUUUUGAUUUCAUCUUUCAGUGAAAUAUAAUUUGUAAGCAUAAGAAUAUUUUUAAAUCUAGUGUAUUUCAUUAUAAUAACGUAAAAAUAAGUUCGUAAAAUAUGUAUGUUUGAUAUGAAUGUUUAUUGAAUUACUUCCGAUAUUUCUUAAGCAUCAGUGCAAUAAAUUACUAUUGUAGUUAGUAGAAAAUCAUCCUAAAAAUUAACGAAUAAGACAGUUUUUAUAUUGUGUAACAUAAAGUAGAUAUUGUGACAAAAUCAUGGGUUGUGAAUUUAUUAAAGGUAAUAAAGUAAUAACAACCGUAGCUUUGUCUUUAUUUUCAUCAAUUUCAGUACCUUUUAUAGGUUCCUGUGGUAGUUACAAAAUCAAUUUAAAAAUGCAUGAUCAUAUUAAAGUCGUUACUUUUCUUUUCAAUAAGUGAUUUCAAAAAAAAAAUAGACGUACAUCGUAAACUAUAU